GUCGCGGCAUGCAAUGCGAUGACCUCCCAGCCCAACACAUAACAGUAACACCCACCAACGACAUGAUUAAUGACGAAGCACUGAAAAUACCCCCGAACCUGCACUACCGAAUGCGCAAUUGAUACCCUAGCCAACCGACAGAACAAGUGCCAACCAUUCAUCGACCGAAUUCCUCAUAAUACGAACCGACAACAGCUGGCGAGCCCAGCCCAGCUGCCUAGAGCCAGCCCGCCAUGGAUGCGCCCAUCCCUAAGCUCGCGGAGCUCCUCCGCCACCCAGACGACCUCGAGAAGAUCGCCGGUCUGAAGCAGGAGUUCUCUCGCAAGAAGACAGCUGUCGACUCUCAGCUCCGCAGCGGCCUGCGCGAGCAGCUCGAAACCACCCAGUCUGGCAUGACGGGCCUGACGGACGGCCAGAAGACGGUGCAGCUGAUCAAGGAGGAGAUGAUCAAGAUCGACCGCCUGUGUUCCGAGUCGCAGAACAUGAUCAAGGACUUCAACAGUAUCAACCUCGUUUCCCAGGCUCACCGGAAUUUCGGAGCCGUCGAGGCCAUGCGCAAGAACCUCGAGACCUUUAACGAGCGGCUCGCAAUUGUCGACCGCCUGCUGGACGAGGACGAGGGGGAUAAGGAGAAUAUGCCUAACCUGCUGCCUAUUCACUACGAGUUGACACAGCUGAGAAACAUUCGAGACGAUGCCAUGGAACAGAUACAGAGGGCGGAAGACCCGAGCCUGGAAUCGACGCUCGAGGACUACUUCCAGAGGCUCGACACCAUGAUUGAUUGGUUUGACGAGCACAUUGGCAUCCUGGCGCUGAAUCUUAUCAACUUGGUGGUUAACGACAACAACGGACUAGUGGUACGAUUCGCCGUGGUCAUCGAAGCUGAAGAGAAGAGUGAUCAGAGGGUGCUGGCACUGCAAGAGGCGCUCAAGGAUCACAAGGAGAUGGCAACGAGGUUCCAGAGCAUUACGGACGGCGCGAAAAAGGUGCGAGGGUACAAGGACAAGUUUACACAGGCCAUCAAGAUAAGUGUAGAGGGCCAGUUUAACGAAGCCAGAGGAGAGUUCCUCGACGACCCUUCAGCGCUCGACAAGAUCCUUAAGUGGUAUUUCAACGACUUGAAUGCCGUUAAGAUGGGCAUGACGCCGUUGAUGCCCAAGAAGUGGAAGAUCCUCAAGGUGUACGGCGAUAUAUACCACCAGACGAUGCACGACUUUCUCACCGGCAUGAUUGACGACCCAGACGCGGCUUCUGCCAACACGUUGGAGAUUAUCAACUACCCGGAAAAGUACUACAAGAAGAUGAAGAAGCUCGGCUUUAAGCAGGAGGAUCUCAUACCCCACGUCAUAGACUCGAGAGAGGCGGAAUUGGUCCGUGACUUCCGACAGCUCAUCAUCAAGUUCCUCGACGAAUGGAUCGAGCGCAUCUUCAAUGCAGAACAAAAGGACUUUGCAGAGCGCAAUGUCGAAGGCUCCAACCUGGACCAAGACGAAUACGGCUAUUUUAGGUCCAGAAACCUCGUCGACAUGUGGCGUAUGAUGCGUGAACAGAUUGACGCUGCGGCCAACUCGAAGCGUAUGGAUGUCAUUGAGGGUGUUAUUGACGCCAUGUUCUUGAGAUUACGCGGUAGACAACAGUCGUGGCAGAAGAUGCUUGAGGAGGAGGCCAUCAGAUUUGAGACGGGCAAGGUCCCGGAGCUCGAGGGAUUUCAGCCCCUUCAGGACUGGCUCGUCGGCACGGCAAACGACCAGAUUGCGUGCGUCGAUGACAACGAGGAAGAAAACAGGUUCGGCUACCUCUCCAACUUUAAGCAAAAGUUUGAGCCGCUCGUGUCGCCGGCGUACAUGGAGCGGGCCGAGACCGAAGUCGAGCUUCUGCGCGACGGCUACAUCGACUUCAGCACGUGGUGCAUCACUAAGUUUGUGCAGCUCAUCUUCUCGGUCGACUUCAAGCUCGUCAUGGCAGACUUCUUCACGCCAAAGUGGUACACGAGCACGGCCAUGAAGCAGAUGGUGGUUACGUUUGAGGAGUACGUCGGCGACUACCGCCAGGUUCUCCACCACUCCCUCGUCGACAUCUUCACCGAGAUCUUUUCGGACGAGCUCCUCGUGCGGUACCUCUCAUCGGUGCGCAACAAGGGCGCAAAGUUCCGCCGCGCCGACCCGGUGCAGGACAAGCUCUUCAACGACAUCUCGACGGCCUUUGAGUACUUUAGCGCCCUUCCGAACCCCGACGUCGGCAACUCGGUCAAGCAGACGUGGCGCGUCACCGAGUACUUUUUGCAGCUUAUCACGGUCGACAAGGACGCCAUCCCCGACACGUUUGAGGCCUUCAAGACGGCGUACUGGGAUCUGCAGGUCAACUGGGUGGAGGCGGUGCUGCGCUCGCGCGACGACUUUGAGAGGAGCAUGCUCAACGCCGUCAAGGCGAGGGCGGCGCAGAUUGACGUCGUUAGGGGGCCCGAGACGAUCAUGGGCAAGGUCAAGUGAUGGCCGAGGACACGUCGGGUAAGAAUGGACAUUUCGAAGUGGAGGUGCAAGGAGAAGCCGCCUUUACGUGGCCUUGUUUAUAUAUACACUGCGAGCUGCAGUCCAAUAAUGGCUUCGAGUGCCCCCAAAGGGGGGUGGUCGAGCCCGAGUGACGAGGACAAUGG